CCGAUACAGAUGAAAGAUGCAGCGAAUAACCGAAAAGAUCGAUAAAAAAAACUCGAGUCAAGUGACUACAAGAUAAUUUGCUUAAUCUGCCAUUUAAUGUGCCGAAACGAACAAUGGAAGACGUUAUCGAGGAAGAAGUCGAAUGGCAUGGCGAACAAAGAAGCAGACACCCCGCGAACACGGAACACUAUGAACAUGGCCUCCACCACUAUCACCCGCAUCGGCAAACUAGCACUAGUUUGGAACGCAAAAUUAGACAUAACAGAGAACACCCGCACCCGCCGCACUCGCUGCCGCGGCUGAGCGUCGUGCCGCCGGCCAGCAAUAGCUCCAGCACCGACAACAUCGCGGCGCCCGCGCCGAAACCCAAGCGGCCUCUGUCACACGGCGAUGAAUCAAUGACCGUGGUACUGUCAGCGUUUUACGCUAAACUAUUAAUAGUUUUAGGAGUUGCACUGCCUGUAACGAGCACCAUUCAAAAUGAGCUCUAUACCAAUAUUACGUCAGACAUCUUCACCAUGUAUUUAUACAUUAUCAGCAUGGCUUUCUUAGCUUAUACAUUCUACCAUCUGAGAAUAGCGAAAAAAGAUUUGAAAAAAGAUAACGUGAAACGCACACGCUAUGGCAGUUUUUACCUGCACAUGGGCGUGGCGGGAUUCAGCGUGGGCUCCAUCAUCUACUCGUGCCUCCAGUUCGGAGGGUACUUUGACUUGUCGGGGGACUGCCAAUUGCUCAUCGUAGCUGUCAAACCAGCCCUGAGGAUUCUGUACAUGGUCGCGCAAACUGUCUUCAUUUUCUCAUACACAGAUAUUUUAGAUCCAAUGCGAGGAGUGGUCCUUGAUAGAUUUGGAUUGAUGCAUUUGAUCGCCACGAAUGUUUGCGAAUGGCUCAAUGUGGUUAUACAAGAGACUAGAGACGACAUAGUCGCAGUUGCUUACGAUCGACCUGCUCUUCUGCGAUAUGCUAACAUCAGUGGACCAGCACAGACCAUAAUAAUGGACGAAGUUGACAACGCAACCUUCAUUGAACACCUCAGCUUAGCUAAUAUCACAUCGAACGAAACAACCAUGCGAAACUGGACAUGUGAUGUUUCAGACAUGAUCACUCCGCUGAUCCGAAGCGUGAACCCUUACUUACGGCCGUGUGGAGUGGAGUACAGUCUCUUGUGUUCCAUCAUCAUUGCUGUGAUAUGGAAUGACAUCUGCACUGUACCAGGAUCGAAAUUCACCAAGAAAUCUAACAGCAGUCCUCAAACGUUUGGCAUAGAAUCGCGACGGUGCUGCGCGCGGAUUAAAUCCAACAACCAUUUCUCCGUGGACUGCGGGAGCGCACACAAGGGCCUCUUCAUGGGCGUGGCGGUCCUGGCGGGGACCAUAGUCAGCCUCAUGCUGUUCAAUGGGCUGUUCCAGAAUCAGAAGCACGUUGAGCUGGCGUUGCUACAGGUGAACGUCUGGGAAACGAUUCUCUUCGUGCUGAUGACGGCGGGGUCGGGCGCGUGCAUCCAGCGCAUGCGGACGCUGCCGGCGCGCCGCGCGGUGGCCGCGCUGCCGCUGGAGCACGCGCUGCUGCUCGUCACGCAGUGCGGCGUCUACCUCUACUACCUGUUCCAGAUCAUCGGCGCCGGGUUCCUUAUACAGCGGUACCCGGAGGGGCGGCGAGCUACACGAAUACUAUCGCCUCUCUGCGCAUUAGUGCAAAGCUCUUGCCAGACUCUCCUGGUGUUGGACGCGUGGUCGCGGCGCUGCGCCGGCGCGCCGGGCGGCCGGCGCCCGGGCCGGCAGCUCGUUACCUUCCUCUUAGUGGGCAACUUCGCGCUGUGGCUCUUAAAUCGAGUCAAAAACGCUAGAGCUGAAUUUCAUCCGCUGCAAAUGGAAUUCUAUGGAGUUUGGGCUUGGACACUGAUCACGCAUGUUUCGGUGCCGCUUCUUGUCUGCUACAGAUUUCAAGCUACAGUUUGUUUUUAUGAAAUAUGGAAGAACUCUUACAAAACUAAUAAAGAUUCAAUUGAUGUAAUUGCCGAGGACGAAUUUGAAUUAAAGAAUUAUCAUUUAGCCUAAAAUAUUAAUUUAUUGUUAUUU